GACUUGACCUGACUACAAUCAGGCUACACAUAAAUACCUUUACUCCUCCCUUUUCAUCAACACCUUCAUCUUUCUCACCCCACCUUGACCCUCCAGAAUGAAAUAUCCCCUCCUCCUCGCGGCCAGCUAUGGCCUACUCCUCAGCCCUCUGGUGGCCUCGGCACCGACCCCCAAGCCUCUCAUGAAGCUCCGAGUCAGGACCGAUGACUUGACUGCUCUUCUCGAUAAACGCGAUGAAGAUGCCACGGCCCUCUACGCCUACAUUGCCGCCGACUCCGAACUCGACAAACGUGACGAAGAAGCGACGGCGCUGUACGCUUAUAUUGCUGCGGAUUCUGAACUCGACAAACGUGACGAGGAUGCCACUGCGCUGUACGCCUAUAUUGCCGCCGACUCGGAAUUCAACAAGAAGCGGGAUGAAGAUGCCACCGCGUUGUAUGCUUACAUAGCGGCGGAUAGUGAGUUGGAUGAUUGAUGGUUGGGUGGUUACACUGCCAUCGGGACACGCUCCUUAGCUUAGCUUAGAUUAGCUUAGCUCUUGCUUGUGUUUUUGCUUUUGUUCUUUGUUAUGGAAUCACUACCUAGUACUUAGAUAGUCUUGCUUUCCAUUAUCAUUGAACACUAACAAUACUUGUUUGUUGUGUAACUUCCCGUUUCUUUAGGCUAUUUACACAGUGACCAGAC